CGGCGUUAGAGAGCGACAUAAGCAUUCAGGAAGAUGGCGGCAGAAUGCUGGUGCCUAAUUCGGCAGCUUUUCGCUAUCGUUUUCUUAGGAUUGUCUUUCUUGACCCUUGUUAAUUCUGGAACACUUGAGGUACAUAAGACACUGCAAACCCUGCCUCAGGAUGCUGGUUUUCAUGUGGUGGGUAUUGAGGAGAAAGGUGACACAGAAAGCAUCAGCCAAGGAUGGGAACGGUGGCGGGGCCAGCCCUUGGACAGAUCCAGCGACAGGUUAGAGCGGCAUCGAAUGAGGAAACGGAGUGCAGAUAAGCCCGAGCUUAUCAAGGUGUAUGGCCAGAUCAGCCUGAAUGAUUCUCAUAACCAGUUAGUAGUUCAUUGGGCUGGAGAAAAGAGCAACGUGAUUGUAGCCUUGGCCAGAGACAGUCUAUCAUUACUUGGUCCUAGGAGUAGUACCAGUGAUGUGUAUGUAUCAAGUGACUAUGGGAAUACCUUUCAGAAAAUAUCUGAAAAAUUUAAGCUGUCUGAUGGUAGUAGUAAUAUGCCAGUGAUCUCACAGUUCUACCACAGUCCUGCAGAUAAUAAACGGUAUAUCUUCACGGACACCGAUAACAAUCACAUCUGGAUCACCUUUGAUUUCUGCAUUACCAUAACAAGUGUCCCAAUUUCAUUUAAACCUACUGAUUUUUUGAUGCACAGCAGCAAUCCACAACUUGUCUUGGGUUAUGACAGUUCUCAUCCCAACAGACAGCUUUGGAAAUCUGAUGAUUUUGGACAGACAUGGAUAAUGAUUCAGGAGCAUGUGAAAUCCUUUUACUGGGGCAUAGAGCCAUAUGACAUCCCUGAAACUGUUUAUGUACAGCGUCAUGAGCCCCAAAAUGUCUCCACCAUCCUUCGCAGCACGGAUUUUUUCCAGACUGAGGAACUCCAUGAGAUAAUUCUAGAAAAUAUUGAUGAUUUUCAGCUGAGGGAUAAGUACAUGUUUGCUACAAAAACUGUGCACCUGUAUGGCAGUUACAUGCCGUCCACUGUGCAGUUAUGGGUAUCUUACAAUCGCAAACCAAUGAAAUUAGCUCAGAUUCUGACAAAGCAUCCUGUAACUGAGUUUUACAUUGCUGAUGCAUCAGAAGAUCAGGUGUUUGUGUGUGUUAGCCAUGCAUCCAAUGUGACGAACUUGUACAUCUCUGAAGCAGAAGGAUUGCAAUUUUCUCUCUCACUUGAAAACGUGUUAUACUUCAACCCUAAUAGAGUGGGGAGUGACACAUUGGUCAGGUAUUUUGCAUAUGAGCCAUUUGCCGAUAUCCAUCGUGUAGAAGGCGUGAGAGGUGUAUACAUUGCUACACUCCUAAAUGGAUCAUUCGCUGAUGAGAACAUGAGAUCUGUUAUUACAUUUGACAAAGGAGGGACAUGGGAAGUACUGAAGCCCCCACAGUAUGGUAAAGAUGGCCUGAAGAUUGAUUGUGAGCUUUCAAAGGGGUGUUCACUCCAUUUGGCUCAAAAGCUGAGUCAACUUCUCAACUUCCAGCUGCGCAGAAUGCCUAUCCUCUCCAAAGAAUCAGCACCAGGACUGAUCAUUGCUACAGGAUCUGUUGGAAUAAACCUUUCAAACAAACCUAAUGUGUACAUUUCCAGUAAUGCUGGAGCCAGCUGGAGGGAGGCUCUUUUGGGACCUCAUUAUUACACGUGGGGGGACCAUGGUGGCAUUUUGGUGGCAAUUGAACAAGGAUCCGAAACAAACCUCCUCAAGUACAGCACAAAUGAAGGAGAGACAUGGAAGACAUUUCAGUUUUCAGAAAAGUCUGUUUAUGUAUAUGGAUUCCUUACAGAGCCAGGCGAGAAAAGUACCAUUUUUACCAUCUUUGGUUCAUAUAAAGAUGCUGGACACAGUUGGCUGAUACUUCAGAUAAACACUACAGAUGUGCUUGGUGUUCCUUGCACAGAGAAUGAUUAUAGGUUGUGGUCACCAUCAGAUGAACAUGGAAAUGAUUGUUUAUUGGGACGCAAGAACAUUUACAAACUGCGAGCCCCUCAUGCCACUUGUUUCAAUGGUGAGGAUUUUGAUGGGCCUGUCACAGUGACAAACUGCUCAUGCACAAGAGAGGACUUUGAAUGUGAUGUCGGAUUUAAACUGAGUGAAGACCUAAUUUCCGAGCUAUGCAUUCCUGAUCCUGAAUUCUCCGGUUUGCUGAUGGGACCUCCAGUACCAUGUCCCUCUGGUACAACCUACAGGCGUACAAAAGGCUACCGUAAGAUUUCUGGAGACACCUGUAAUGGUGGGGAAGUUGAAUCCCGAUUGGAAGGAGAACUAGUUCCCUGCCCUCUGGAAGAGGAGAAUGAAUUUAUUCUUUAUGCAAUGCGGACUUCCAUUCAGCGUUAUGAUCUUGCAUCCGGGAGAAAUGAGACAUUACCUAUAGUCGGCCUUCAUAAUGCAGUGGCAUUGGACUUCGACUUUGAAAAGAACUGCCUUUACUGGGCUGAUAUUUCAAUAGAUUCCAUUCUACGUCAAUGUCUGAAUGGAAGUUCAGGUCGAGAAGAGAUAAUUAAAUCUGAUCUGCAGACUGUAGAAGCCCUCGUCUUGGAUGCCAUUAGCAAACUGCUUUUUUGGGUUGAUUCCGGAAACAAGAAAAUUGAGGUUUCCAAUCUGGACGGAGACCUGAGGUUUACGUUAUUCAACUCAUCUGUUCUUGAGCAACCAAGGGCUCUUGUUCUUAUCCCAAAUGAAGGCUAUAUGUUUUGGACAGACUGGGGAGAUACGGCUCCUGGUAUUUAUCGUUCUCUUAUGGAUGGUUCCUCCUAUGUCCAUCUCAUCAAAGAAGGAAUUCGAUGGCCCAAUGGCAUUGCUGUAGAUGAUCAAUGGAUCUACUGGACAGAGGCUCACAUGCAUAGAAUUGAACGUGUUGAUUUCCUUGGUCAACAGAGAACAGUGGUAAUAAGCAGUCUACCUCAUCCAUAUGCCAUUGCAGUUUUUAAGCAUGAUGUUUACUGGGAUGAUUGGUCAAAGAAGGCUAUUUUCAGGGCCUCCAAAUACAGCGGGGACAAUGUCGAAGCUAUAGUGGAAAGCUUGAAUGGCGUAUUAGAUAUGAAAAUUUUCUACAAAGGAAAAACAGAAGGAGAGAAUGCAUGUGCUAAAAGUCCCUGCAGGUUGUUAUGCCUCCCAAGUGGCAACAACACCAGAAGAUGCGUCUGUCCUAAUGGAGUGCUACAUUCCAUUUUACCAUCUGGAGAUAUGCAGUGUGACUGCCCACAAGGAUAUCAGCUGAAGAACAAUAUAUGUAUAAAGAAUGAAAACACCUGUCAACCAAACCAAUAUAGAUGCUCCAAUGGAAAUUGCAUCAACAGUAUCUGGCAGUGUGACAGUGAUAAUGACUGUGGGGACAUGAGUGACGAGAUGGAUUGCUUGGCAGCAGUAUGUGAUCCCAGCAUUCAGUUCCGAUGUCGAUUGUCAGGUGCCUGUAUACCACUGUCCUACAAAUGUGACCGUGAAGAUGACUGUGGAGACAACAGUGAUGAAGAUGAGUGCGAAAAUCACACGUGCAAAGAAGGGGAGUUUAGGUGUACCUCAGGGAUGUGUGUCCGUUACUCUUGGGUCUGUGAUGGCUAUAAUGACUGCAAAGACUGGUCUGAUGAGGAAAACUGCACAUUGCGGUAUCAAACAUGUGAGCCUUCUAGCUUUCAGUGCCACAAUGGACAUUGUAUUCCACAGCGUUGGGUGUGUGAUGGUGAUGAAGACUGCCAAGAUGGAUCUGAUGAGGACCAAAAAGAGUGUGAAGAAAAAGUUUGCAAUGGCUUCUCCUGUCCAAAUGGAACCUGUAUCCCAUCCAGCCGGCAUUGCAAUGGAGUAAAAGACUGCAUUGAUGGGUCAGAUGAGCAACAGUGUGAACCACUUUGCACACGCUAUAUGGAUUUUGUGUGUAAGAACAGACAGCAGUGUCUAUACCAGUCUUUGGUCUGUGAUGGAAUCCCGAAUUGUAAAGAUGGUUCAGAUGAAGAUCCCACCUAUGCUGGCUGUUCAACAGGGCCAGAAUUCCACAAGACAUGCAGUUCCUCCAGUUUUCAGUGCCUCAAUGGCUUAUGCAUCAGUAUGUUGUGGAAGUGCGAUGGCACGGAUGAUUGCGGUGAUUACUCAGAUGAAGCAAACUGUGAUAGACCAACUGAUGUUCAAGAAUGUUCCCGGUAUUUUCCAUUUAAAUGUAAAAAUGGUCACUGCAUUCCAAAUUGGUGGAAGUGUGAUGGGGAGAAUGACUGCAGGGACUGGUCUGAUGAACUGGAUUGUGGUGAUUCAUCAGUGGUGCUAAAUAGCACACAGGUUCCUAUGUUAUGCCCUGCUAAUAAAUUUCGCUGUAAUACUGGGAUCUGCAUCACUGACAGUUGGGUUUGUGAUGGAUUCAAUGACUGUUCUGAUGGUUCUGAUGAAGAAGGGUGUCCUACUGCUUCAGGAAUGCGGACAUCUACCACAACUCCUGAAUCUGGGAAGUGCAGAAGUUUUCAGUUUCAGUGCCAGCAUGAACAAAAGUGUAUACCCAGCUGGAAAAAAUGUGAUGGGAGGCUUGACUGUACAGAUGGAUCUGAUGAAAUUGGAUGUUCUACCAGUAGUACUUUGUUCUGUGUCAAUGGUACUGCAUGUGAAGACGGAGAGACCUGUCUUCAGUUAACAGAGCGCUGUGAUGGAGUUUUGGACUGCACAGAUGGUAGUGAUGAAAGAAACUGUACUGAUGACACUACAGUGUAUAAAGUACGAAAUAUUAACUGGCAGCCUAGCUUUCCUAGUAGUGUCACUUUGUCCUGGUCUCGUCCGAAAAGGCUCCCUACAUAUUGUGUAUAUGUCAUACAGUUCAGGACAGUGGGAGAAAAUAUAUGGCAUUCUGUGGAUGCUCACAACAAAACUGUUCAUGUUUUAAAGAUCCUUAAGCCAGACACCACAUAUCAAGUCAAAGUUCAAAUACAGUGCCGAUUGAAAAUGUUCAUUGCCAAUGAUAUUCUCACCUUGAGAACGCCAGAAGGAUUGCCAGGUCCCCCUCAAGCCUUACAGCUGACAGCAUUUGAAGAUGAUGAUGCUACCAGCACAAUUCUUUGCAGCUGGUCUUCUCCUAUUUUGUCAAAUGGAUUAAUCCGGGAAUAUAUUGUGGAAUACAGUGUGAAUGGAAGCAUGGCAUGGACAUCAUUGAGAGCUGAGCAGAAUGUCACAGAAAUAAAGGGACUACAGCAAAAUGUACUGUACACCAUCAAGGUUGCAGCUAUUACUGGUGCUGGAGUUGGAAACUGGAGUGAUUCCAAAUCAGUAACUACAAAUGGGAUUGCUAUACCACCUCCUUCACUUGAGGUUCAGAACAUAACUGAAGAUUCUGCUACUAUAAUGCUUAAAACUGCCUCUGAUGUCAAGGUAAAUAAGUUUGUAGUGGAGAUAUCAUGGACAUACGAUCUGCAUGUUAAAGAAAAAUUUACUUUGUCUCUGGACGUAACAAUGAUGCCAUAUAAAGUGACUAGUUUGACAGCAGGCACUGCAUUUGAAAUGUCUGCAUAUACCAAAACAAGUAAGGGUGACAGUCACAUGGUAUUCGUUCGCUUUAGAACCAGAGGUACACAGCCUUUACCUCCUAACCUAAAAGCAAAAGCCAUUAACCAGACUGCAGUGAACUGUAACUGGAAUGGAUCGGCCAAUGUGGUGUAUGGCAUAUUUUAUGCCACGUCAUUCUUAGAACUGUACAGGGCACCCCAGAAGGUCAACACAACAGACACCAAUAUUACUGUUAAUGUAGAUAGUGAUGAACAAUACCUAUUUUUGGUGCGAGUCAUCAGUCCAUAUCAAGGUCCACCAUCUGAGUAUAUUGCUGUAAAAAUGAUCCCAGACAGUAGAUUACCUCCUAGAAAUCUCCAUGCUAUCAAAGUUGGAAAGACCUAUUCAGUUAUAAAGUGGCAACCACCUUAUGACAGUCCAAAUGAAGAUGUGGUAUAUGUAGUUACAGUGAAGGAUCUAGUAAGAAAGACCAACAGCACCAUGAUAAAAGUGACAACACGUAAUAACACAGUUGAGUAUACAGUAAGACAGCUGGAACCUGGUGUUAAAUACAGCAUCACUGUACAGCUGAAAAACAUGAGCAAAGAACAGAGUCUCAUCAUAAACACAGCUCCCCUGUCUGCACCUGAAGCUCUGAAAAUCAUAACAGAAAAUGAUCAUAUUUUGCUUUUCUGGAAGAGUUUAGCCUUAAAGGAAAAGAAUUUUAAUGAAAGCCAAGGCUAUGAAAUCUUCAUGUUUGACAGUGUGCUGAAUACCACGGUUUAUCUUGGAAACACUACAGAAAAUUACUUCAGAAUUUCAAACCUGAAAGUGGGCCAUAAUUAUACAUUUAAAGUCCAAGCUAGAUGUCUUUAUAAUGGAAAGAUUUGUGGAGAACCCGCAUUACUGCUUUAUGAUGAACUUGGAGAGGAUUCUGGCACAGCAAGACUCACAAAUGACAAGUCUACAGAUGUAGCAGCUAUUGUUGUACCAGUGUUAUUUGUGUUGUUGAUGGCAACUGUUGUAGGUUUCGUCAUCUUGUACGUAAGACACAAAAGGCUUCAAAACAGCUUUACUGCAUUUGCUAAUAGCCACUAUAACUCACGGCUUGGAUCUGCUAUUUUCUCAUCUGGGGAAAGCUUAGGAGAUGAUGAUGAUGAUGACCCAUUGAUAACUGGGUUUUCAGACGAUGUGCCCAUGGUGAUUGCAUAAUUGCUGUAAACCAAACUCUGUAAAUAUUAUUUGAAAAAAGAUGGUGAAAAACGUUUUAUUUAAAAAUGCACUUUUCUGAGUUGCAAUAUGUUAUUUUUAUAUGGGCCAAAUAGUAGAGUUUAUAGGAAUCAACUGUGAAAAGCAAGUCAGAGUAUUUUAAUAUAAAAAAAAGUUUGAUUUUUUUUUUUUUAAACUCUAGUCUUAAAUGGCUGGGCAUGCUUCUACACAUUUAAUGUAAUUGACUUACACUUAAUGUAAUGCCAUAUGUGUGUACACAUUGCAAAAUUAGUUUUUCCUCUAAGCUGUGUAACAAGAAUUAGGUUGUCAGUGUUUUCUUAUGAUCCAUAAAUUGUUUCAAAAUGGAAUUUUCUAAGGCAGUUAUUAUCUUUCAUUAACUGUCAUUGGUCUGAAUCCCCCUGAUUCUUUAUAUAUGAAGUAUGCUUAAUGCCAUUAUGUUUCUUCCAAAUUCAGCUUAUUGGUCUACUCAUAAUUGUGUUUAUGAGAUCUUAAAUCUGUUACUUUGAAAGAGAAUCUAAUGUCACAUAGCAUUAGGACUUCAGCAGUUUGGGAACAGCCAGAAGGGAAGACUAAGCCUAAAUUUUGGGCCAUUUUUUCAGAUUAUCCUUGAUAAGAGAAGAAUUGUUGUGCAAAUAUGAAAAAAAUAGUAAUGAAAUGACGAAAUAUGUCUAGGUAGUAUUUUAAAAUGUUCUCUUUAAUACAAAUUGCAGUAUUUAUAUAUAUAUAUAUAUAUAUAUAUAUAUAUAUAUAUAUAUAUAUAUAUAUAGAUAGAUAGAGAGAGAGAUCGUUUUCAGAAUGGGUACAUGACAUAACUCUUAAAAUUGAAAGUAAAGAUAAAAGACUGGUGUCAACCUAUAGUCAUUCUCUGAAAUGCUGAAAAAAAUCUGGAAAGGAAACAUUAUUGUCAAUCAAAAGCAACUUAUCAAGGGCAAUUUGUAUGAACUUUAUUUUGUAGUGUGUAAGUAUGUAGGUACAUGCUCCACCUUUUCUUUUACUUGAUUAUGGCGGUACUUGGAUUUCCAGUAAAUCAAGUAUCUGUCACAAAACUUUUGCAUUUUUGAAGUCAGAACAUUUUAGUAGUCAAGGUUUAGGAGGUUGCUGAGGAACUUCUCCUUCACAAAGAUCUGUUAAAUGCAACACAUUUUAAAAUUAAUGUUUAAAUUCUUUAAAUAAUCUAUUUUAUAAACAUGGACAUUGUCCACCUUAGUAUAUGUCUGUUUCCCUUUCAGAAUCUGCAUGGAAAUGUUUUAUUUUUAUUGUCGUGUUCUUUCUUUAAAGAAUUGUAAUUAUUAAACUUGUAUCUUAAAGAUG